AUGGCCACUGUGGUUUUCAUAAGCGGUGUGAGUCGCGGCAUAGGGAACGGCUUCGCCAAAGCCUAUCUUUCAAGGCCCCAACACAUUGUUAUCGGUAGCAUCCGCGAAAGUGCCGCCUUGGCCCCAGGCGUUGAAGAACUGAAGGCUUUCCCAGCAGCGGAUGGGUCCAAGUUGCUGCUGGUCACAAUCGAAAGUACCUCACCGACUGACCCACAGAAGGCUUUGGAGGUGGUGAAGUCUGAAGGAAUCGAGCACUUGGACAUUGUCAUCGCGAAUGCCGGCGGGAGCCCACUUCCGACUACGCCACUGGAUAGAGUUACUGCCGAGGAGAUGACGAACACGUAUCAGGUCAACGCCAUAGGCCCUCUCAUGCUAUUCCAGGCAUGUCGUCCCCUUUUGCAAAAGGCUUCCGCGCCGAAAUGGGUGUCAAUAUCAACGGGAGGUGGCUCGAUCUCUCUCAUGGGAAAAAUCCGGUCUUGGGAUGGCACCUCCUAUGCCGCAGCGAAGGCUGCUUUAAAUUGGCUUACCCGUGCAAUCCAUUUCACGAAUGAAUGGCUCGUCGCCGUGGCGCUCAAUCCAGGGUUGGUCCAAACUGAACCUGGGAACUGGAUUGCCAAGGAGUGGGGAUUGGGGAAAGCUACAUAUACCGUCGAGGAGAGCGUUGAGGGUAUGAUGAAAAUAAUUGACGGAGCGACCCGAGAUGAAACGUCCGGUGAGUUCUUUAACUUGAAGAAUGAUAAGCUUCCUUGGUAA